GAGAGAGAGAGAGAGAGUCCUAAAUUGACAACAAAUUAUUUUAUAGCCUGACUUGUUGCUCCUGUAGUUUGAGAUAAGACGAGAAUCGUUCUCGAAUUCAAGGGCUGCAUUAUAUACGUUCGCAAAAGGGUCUUGAACAUGGCGUUGUAGUAAAGUACGCUAUGGUCUUGAACUAAACAAUACCGUACAUUUAUAUGAUUUCUUUCUCAUAAAUUCAAAUUCAAGCACGGCGUGUUUAGGUUGUACGAGACGCUCGAUCUAUCCUUGGUUUUUGUUUUUUGUUGUUGUUGUUUUUUAAAAGAAAAAUUAUGACUGUACGUUUUUCAAUAGCGACCAGUGAGUUAACCCAGCUUUGUGAACAAUGACGUGCUGACGGGUUGAAUUUGGAAGGAACGCCCAAUAAAUACCGGGUGGAGUCACCUUGAUCUAACAGCUAUAUUGUGUCGAAGUCGAAGGCUCUUGGCCAACAUCGAAGCAAAGCAGGUUCAAAGCCACCGAGGCGUAGAUCUAACCCUGGGUCAGCAACGUUACAGCGUGUAGACCUAGUGUGCUCUUUACUCUUAGGACAGCUUUACAACUGAAACCCGCAACGUGUAAUAUUGGAAUAGUAAGCCCAGUCGUUUUCGACAUGUACGUAUUUUUCUACAUAAUCUAGAUCUACAUCAAAAUAUAUUUUGUCACUUGUGCGAGAGUGAUUAGUAGUGUGUGUGUGUGUGUGUGUGUGUGUGUGUGUGUCUGUAUCAGGUGUAAACGUGUGUGACACCAAUGACAGGUGUGUGGGUUAUAAUUACUGGCCGAUCCCCCCUGAAGCUGGGAAUACAAACAAUUAAUGUAAAUGCAAAUUGAAGGGAGGCAUAUUCAACAUCGUGGCCUGUGUUUCCGCCCACUUUAGGCCUACUAGAAUAGCUGAGCCUAUACAAAGGGUCGUGUAGGCUACCAGUACCAGUCAAACACACCUUCGUGCCCUAGCCUAUGACUCGCAUAGAUUUCAAAGCACACACAAAGACGAACGAACACAGAAACGGAGAAUCGUAGGACUACGUGUGGGUUAUGUGUGAAGUGUGAAUAUUACUAUGUUUGUUGCACGUUGUCUUUCAUCUCAACCGAGGCAGAUGGCGCAGAUAUAACACAUUGUGAGCCGAAGAGAUACACGGGCCUACAUCUGUAUUAUAAGAAGCAAAGCAACACUGGGAAUUGUAAUCACUGCUACAUUAACGACUGGCUUGACUUACGUAAUAAUGCUACUGUGAAAAUCCAAGAGUACAGAACCUGUUAGAGUUCAGUUUAACUUUCUAACUUAUUUGUAACAAAAAGGGUAGACGGAUGAUGUAUGAAUAAAUUCAAAGAGAAUGAAGUUUGUUCAAGAGCUUAAAACUGGCUUGCAUACUUAGGAUUUAGAGUAUAGCUGUUCAAACAAAGUGGGUUCCAUUUUUUUUCACUCUGGGGUCAUGAAGGACGGCGAAUCUCCCAAGCUACUGUAUGAUGAAGUGCCCACAGACGUGGAAAAUGGAAUGCAGCAGCAGACAAACGUAUCUGUCGAGGCUGUCGUGCAUAAGAUCCACGAGACCCUUGCUGACCCUGACACGGCCUGCGGGAUUGGCUGGAUGAGACCACGGGUUGUUCAAUCUUGCGCUACAAUUGGUGCCUUCACAGCGUUCAAUGGUGCGGCUUACACUAUGACGUCAUGCAUCUCCUCAUUUAUUGGAUCACAGAUCACAACACUUGAGCGUCAGUUUGGGUUCAGUUCCAAACAAACGGGACUUAUUAUGUCUGCAAAUAAGGUCAGCUACAUCUUCUGUGUACUACUUGUCAGCUACAUAGGGAGUCGAGUUCACAUCCCACGGGCCCUGGAGUGGGCAUUGGCCGGUCAGCAUUACGUGGCGUACGCCUCCCUGGUUGUCCUGGUCCUGGGUAUGCUCCUUCAAGGCGUGGCCAAGGGUCCGCGAUUUUCCUUCUCCGCCACGUAUGUGGACAACAACACGGAGCAGGUCAACACUGGUUACUACACAGAGACUGAGCUGGACCCAAAGCACCCUCGUUGGAUUGGUGCCUGGUGGCUGGGCUAUCUUGUCCUGGGGUUUGUCACUAUCUCCGUCUCAAUACCACUCUUGUUCUUCCCGAGGCGUCUGCCAAACCCCUCUGGACAGGGCUUGACAUCACCCAAUUCCUCUCACCACAGCAAAGAUGACAAGAAGCCUCUUCUUGGCGCAAAACCUCACCACCCUCCAAAGAAUUUGACUUUGACGUCUUUGACUGAAAAAAUUCUAUUCCAAAGAUUGGAACCCGGCCUGUGUUAGACAUUGCCAAUGUUCAGAACACAGUUACUUCCCCAUCUGCGGCCAAGACGGCCUCACUUAUUACUCCCCUUGUCAAGCUGGGUGUGAACAAGUUUUUAUUAACGAGUCCACGUCGGUCUACUCCCGAUGUUCUUGCAUCAAAGGUGGCUCUGCACUGACCGGCCUCUGUCCUUACGGAUGUUCCCAUCUCUAUUCCUACGUCCUCUUCUCCGCUCUGCUGGCCCUUCUGCAAACACUGACCACCGUGCCCAGAGUGGUCAUCUUCCUCAG